UAUCACAUGUAUACGUGUCCCCUAAAGGAGUGCAUGGUGAAAAGCAUUUCCACAUUGAUAGAACUCUCUCUCUCUCUCUCUCUCUCUCUUCAUGUUUUCUCUCUCUUUUUCUCUCUCUCUUUGAAGCUAACUCCAAGCCCAGAAACAAAGGGGAAAAAAUCUAGGAAAGAGGCUUCACUGACCAGGUUUUCUGGUACCAAGUCUUUUCAGUUCCAACUGGUAAGCAACCCUCAAUUUUCUUUUCUUGUAUGUGAUAUUUUCCAUUGUUUUGAGGGAACUAGAUCAUUUAUUAGCACACCCAGAUAACUGGUUAGUUCUAUAUGUAUGUGACUUUGAUGAUAAUUGAUGAUUGGGGUUGUGUGAGUUGAAGAAGAGUAAGAAAGGUAAAAAAGACCCAGAUUUCAAGAUAGGCUGAGAUGGGUUGCCUUAGAUCCAGGAAACUUUAAUUUUUUAUUUGUUAAAGGGUUUACCUUUUUAAGGUUAUCCUGUGAUUAUUUGCAGUUGGUUUUCUUUUUCUGCCUAGGUUGUUUCUUAUGACCCUUUUUGGCUUUGUCUUAUAUUGGGCUUAUAGAUAAAGAUUGGAUUUUGGUCAUUGUCAUGUGUGUGUUUUUAGGGGUUGGUGGUCUGGAUAAGAUUUAUGAAUUUGUGGUCAGUUCUAUGCCACGAGGAGGAGAAUUUGGUAUGCUUUAGAGUGUUUGAGAAACUCAAAAUACUUGUGAAUGAGUGGAGUAUUUAUAACUGGAAGUUUGAUCCAUUGUUCCACAGCAGAUCUGAUAGUCCUGCUUUAUUCUUCUCAUGUUUAGCUCAUAUAUACCCAUAAUUUAAAUUGAUCUUGGUGGUGUGGUUUGUGUUCGGUAUAAUUAUAGCUGUAAAAAGUUCAUUGCUUGAAGGAAAUGAAAUAUAACUAGUUAUGUGAGAGUGUAGAGAGUUUGGAAGGUAACUAGUACAGGAAGAGAGAGAGAGAGAGAGAGAGAGAGAGUUGAUGGAUGAGAUGUCCUCAGCAGUCUCAGUGACUCUUAGUUUAGGUAAUUCUAUGUGUGAUGACUCAGGAAUUGCGACCCAUGUGGAAAUCACGCGGCUCAAGUUGGUAACAGAUGCAUCAAAUUUGUUGUUGGAUCCUGCUAAGGUUGUGUCUGCAGAGUCUGUUUCUAGUGGAAAUGGAAAUUGCAAUGAUGUUAAGAGUGAACUUCACGGAUUAACCAUGUCAGCACCAGAAGGCAGUGGUGGGGGAGGAGAUGAUUUGUCAGGAAUGUUGCCAGAUAAUGGAAAUGGUUCAAUUGCUGAUGAUGUUGUGAUGCAGGAAAGUGAGGAAGAUGGAAUCUUGUCUGUUUCACAUGACACUAAUGGGAUUAUUAGAGGGGAGUUGUUAACUUUGGAUGUAGAGUCUGAAAUAAGAUUGCCAGAUAUUGAGGAAAUUGAAAAGGUUGGUCAUGCUCAGAUUGUUGCUAAGGCUAUUAUCUUGGUGGAAUCAAGUAUAGGGCAGGUGCCUUCUGGUGAACUGAUUGUCGCAGCAGUUAGCCCAGAUUCAAAGAUAUCUAGUAAAUCUGAGAUAAAGGCCUCUACAGUGGUUUUCCAGUCACAUAUGCAGAAGAAUGUCAGUAAAGGAGGCAUCCGGAGUGUUUUUGAGCUGGACUGUAUUCCCCUAUGGGGUUCUGUUUCUAUUCCUGGAGACAGACCAGAAAUGGAAGACGCCGUUGCUGCUGUACCUCGAUUUAUGAAAAUUCCUAUCAAAAUGCUUAUCGGUGAUCGUGUGAUUGAUGGAAUGAAGCAAAGUUUGACCCAUGUAACCAGUCAUUUCUUUGCUGUUUAUGAUGGCCACGGGGGCUCUCAGGUUGCAGACUAUUGUCGAGACCGCAUCCAUUUGGCUUUGGAUGAAGAUAUUGGAAUGAUUAAAGACAAUUUAAGUGAUGGAAGUAUGGGGGGAAAUCAACAAGUGCAGUGGGAGAAAGCCUUCACCAGUUGCUUCCAAAAGGUUGAUGACGAAAUUGCAGGAAAUGUUAGUAGAGGCAUCAAUGGAAACAAUGAAGAUGCUUCUGAGCCUGUUGCUCCAGAAACUGUUGGAUCUACAGCUGUGGUUGCCUUAGUCUGUUCUUCCCAUAUUAUUGUUGCGAACUGUGGUGAUUCAAGAGCAGUACUGUGUCGUGGCAAAGAAGCCAUGGCAUUAUCAGUUGAUCAUAAACCAAAUAGAGAAGAUGAAUACGCAAGAAUUGAGGCAUCUGGAGGAAAGGUCAUCCAGUGGAACGGGCAUCGUGUUUUCGGAGUUCUUGCAAUGUCAAGGUCCAUUGGUGACAGAUAUUUGAAACCAUGGAUUAUUCCAGAACCGGAAGUCAUGUUUCUUCCCCGCGCCAGAGAUGAUGAAUUGCUCGUUUUAGCCAGUGAUGGUUUGUGGGAUGUGAUGACAAAUGAGGAAGCUUGUGAAGUGGCUCGAAGGCAGAUCCUUCUUUGGCACAAAAAGAAUGGGAGUGCACCUCUUUUGGAGAGGGGCACAGGAAUUGAUCCUGCAGCGCAAGCAGCAGCAGAUCGCCUUUCAAUUCUUGCCCUCCAGAGAGGAAGCAAGGAUAACAUCUCUGUGAUUGUGGUGGACUUGAAAGCUCAAAGAAAGUUCAAGACCAAGUCUUAGUGGAAAAGUCCUCAUCACGAUCCGGUUUAAGUCUCCUAUAUGUUAGAAAAGUACAUCGACUUAAAUACAUAGCCAAGUCCAUUCGUUUUUUCUUAUGGGCUUAAAGUGUGUAAGAGUAUAGAAAUUUGUAUGUACUAUAGUAACUAUGGUGGAAUGCUAUAUUUAUCUCUUGGUAUGCAUCUUGCUAAAUUAUGUAAAUUUGAGGUGCUACAGGUAUGUCAGGGAGAGAAAUUUACAAUUUUCUCAGUAGUCAGUACUCAAAAAGGUUUUGUGAGGGCUUUUAUAUCAUUCCCUUUGGUUCAUUUUAAGUACAUGGUGCCAUAUCAAUAUACUUUGCCACUUCUUGAA